AUGUAUUUUUUAGCUGUGUGCUCAGCAAACUUGACUGUGGUAUUUGCUGUGGAUGGCUCCUACAAAAUGGGUGAAGCUCGAUUCAGAUUGGUUGGCGAUUUCAUCACCAAUAUUUCCAGGAAUUUUGAUAUAGACAUCAAUAAGACAUGGUUCAUUACUGCCGUAGAAGGAAACGGAACGUACGUUUAUAAAACGAGGACAGAGCUUAACAACUUCUUAGGCUUGUAUUUUCCAAACACUAGUCAAGUAGUUUUGGGAAAAGCUUUGGACUCAGUUAGGUAUCACUUAUCUGACAACGAAACACGAAGAGAUGUUCCAGUCGUUGUGCUUGUCAUUGCAAGUCACAAGUCUGAUGACGACAUUGCUGUUUCUGCCAUCAGCUUUAAAAAAUGGAACGCUACUCUUAUUGCUGUGGGUAUCGGAGAUGAAAUCUCCCCAGGCCAAAUGAGGGAGAUAGCUUCGGAUCCAGAUAGCGAUUACUUUGUUGAGUGUAAUGGCACGAAUAGUCUUUUUACUAAGUCGAUGGCAAUAGCUCGAACAAUUUGUCAAGGUAAGCAUAUAUGUCAGGUUAUUUAGCUUAGUAUUUACCUUAUUAGUGAGCAGCAAUUUUCGCGCGUUUUGAUUGGCUACCGUAACUCGGAAUACCCUUGGUUAUUCGCUAUUUUGCCGGCGACGGAAGCCAAGAUGGCGUCUCGUUUCGAGAAAUUUUCGGAGAACGAAAUUUGAGCGAUAAAUGAAGCAAUCAUACAAACAAAUAGUACCAAGAGGCCGGCGACGAACUUCAGCAUGUCGGUGUUUACUAGUAGGUAGAAAAUUAUUUUCUUGCUAGGAUUUCCCUGAUCCGGGGACGAUUGCUUUGUUCAGCUCAAAGGGACGAGCGGAUAUGUGCAUGUACAAACUUACAGUGCUACGAAAGUGAAUGAAUGGAUCGGUGAUAAAUGUUUCAGAUGGUUCUAGUUUAAUUCACGUUACACGAAAAUAGGAGCAUAUUAGUCAGUCUACAAAAAAGUGAACCAGCUUUCUUUAACAAUCCCUUUUUAUCUUUGAUACAAAAAAAAAAAAAACAAGGAAAGCCAUAGCCAUGGCCUUGCUAUGUGCUAAUGGUUUUCCUUACGUAGGUAUCUGUCAGGACUGGCCGCCAUCCCAAAGUGGCCCCUGAAUGUCUUUUUUGAGACCCCGUAAUAAAGGUGUGCAUGAAUUAAAACAACAUGCCUAUCUGUUUCCAGAACACUGAACCGAGACAUAGUCGGUCUGUGCUAGGGUGUGCUCACGCUUACCAUCAAAUGCAGACCUUAAUUUUGUGUAUGUCCUUCAAUUCCUUUUUAAUCAUAAUUUCGUUUAUUUGUACUCAAAAUUUCGUUGUAAGUGGUUGACAGGUGCGUAAGCUACCCAUGUCAUAACAAUGGUACGUGUAUAAGUUCCAAGGAUGGCUACAAAUGCAAAUGUUCUCCGGAAUUCCAUGGCGUGAAUUGUGAAAUGAGUAAGUGAUAUAUUAGAACAUUUGAAACAGCAAAUUUAUAUUAGGAUUCUUAACGCUUAUGUUGCAAAAUAAGGAACUAUUUUUACAGCCAACUGUUCCAGUUUACCCGUCCUGCAAAAUAAUAAAAAAGAUAUAGCCUGACCUCUUCUCACGUUACGUUUGGCUGUUUACCUGCUACUUGAGGCACCAAUUCUGCCAUUUAACUGAUCUGUGCUAAGUUAAGAUAAUAAGAUAAACAUCGAAUCUCAAAGUUGAUACCAAGGGGUCUAUUUUCCUCACUGCAGAAUGGUAAGUGACAGUUACAUAAGAGGGACGCUUCAAAAUCGUACUCUAUUGAAGAUCGUAGUACCUCACAGAAUGUAACUUUGGUGCUGUUGAUUAUGUGAUUAUUUGUUAAUUCCAAAGUGAGCUGUUGUCCUUUUCUUUCUCCCUCUCUCUUGAAUAAUCUGUUUACUGGUCUAGCUCAAGAAGGAUACAAUGAGUUCUUAUUCCUAAAUGCAAUAAAAAACUAAUAUAUUGGUAUGCUUUUAAUUCAUAAUCAUAACAGGCAAAUCUGUCGAUUUCCUAAGUCUGGCAUGUUUCAUUGACAUCAACGAUACAAGCACUUUCUCGUCGCUUGAGACAGUCAAUGCAACUUACCUAGAUGGCCCAUUCAAUACGAGAAAAAACGCUGUAUUGAAGUGUGCUUUAGAGUCAGCAAAGAUGGACUACAAAGCUUUCGCUGUUUUUGAUGGAGGAGCUUGCUACUCUGGUCCAUAUGCCCAUUUCAACUACAGCNGUAUAAGUUCCAAGGAUGGCUACAAAUGCAAAUGUUCUCCGGAAUUCCAUGGCGUGAAUUGUGAAAUGAGUAAGUGAUAUAUUAGAACAUUUGAAACAGCAAAUUUAUAUUAGGAUUCUUAACGCUUAUGUUGCAAAAUAAGGAACUAUUUUUACAGCCAACUGUUCCAGUUUACCCGUCCUGCAAAAUAAUAAAAAAGAUAUAGCCUGACCUCUUCUCACGUUACGUUUGGCUGUUUACCUGCUACUUGAGGCACCAAUUCUGCCAUUUAACUGAUCUGUGCUAAGUUAAGAUAAUAAGAUAAACAUCGAAUCUCAAAGUUGAUACCAAGGGGUCUAUUUUCCUCACUGCAGAAUGGUAAGUGACAGUUACAUAAGAGGGACGCUUCAAAAUCGUACUCUAUUGAAGAUCGUAGUACCUCACAGAAUGUAACUUUGGUGCUGUUGAUUAUGUGAUUAUUUGUUAAUUCCAAAGUGAGCUGUUGUCCUUUUCUUUCUCCCUCUCUCUUGAAUAAUCUGUUUACUGGUCUAGCUCAAGAAGGAUACAAUGAGUUCUUAUUCCUAAAUGCAAUAAAAAACUAAUAUAUUGGUAUGCUUUUAAUUCAUAAUCAUAACAGGCAAAUCUGUCGAUUUCCUAAGUCUGGCAUGUUUCAUUGACAUCAACGAUACAAGCACUUUCUCGUCGCUUGAGACAGUCAAUGCAACUUACCUAGAUGGCCCAUUCAAUACGAGAAAAAACGCUGUAUUGAAGUGUGCUUUAGAGUCAGCAAAGAUGGACUACAAAGCUUUCGCUGUUUUUGAUGGAGGAGCUUGCUACUCUGGUCCAUAUGCCCAUUUCAACUACAGCGUUUACAAUGCCACCAGCUGUCCUGCAGGUGGAAAGGGUGGCCCCCUUGUAAGCGAGGUCUACCUUCUUGGAGGUGGGUCCUAUUGACAUUACAUUAUGGUGGUAAAUUGUAAAUAUUGAAGGUGAAUCUUAUUCCCUUUUUUCACGGACAUCCAAAAUGACUUGAAUAAGCUAAUACGUUGUAAGUUGCGUCGGAGAGCAGAUUGUACAUUUGGACACGCUUUUGCAUAGAGCACAUGUAAGUACUAAAGCUAUUCGUUUUACCAAGACUUUUUUCAGUCUUUGGUGACUGUUUCUGCUGCUGUACUUUUGGGCUUUUCCUGGUAUAAAUCAUGAACAGCAAAUCAUAUGAAUUGAAUUUAACUGUUCAUAGUCUCGAGAUAUCAGAUAUAUGCCUUUAGUAAAACCCAACUAGUGGUCUAUUAUCAGUGCUGCGUUCUGAUUGGUUGAGCUACUAUUAGGCUAUAUGUUAUAGCCCACUAGUAGCGAAAGGCGCGGGCUUUUUGGCGGCAAAAGAGGAUUAAAGUCUAGCUUUAACUAGCUACAAUUUUUUUAUUCUCGAUAUUUAUGACCAACUAGUUGGAUUUUACUAAAACAAUUAUUCCUCUCGCCCUCAUGGCCUCUGAGUCGAUAGCCAAUUCGGCCUUCGGCCUCAUGGGCUAUUCAUUCAGAGCCCAUUCGGGCUUGAGGAAUAAUUGUUAAUUAUACAUUUAAAACUUAUAAGCCAAGGGCAGAUUGAAACCCACUUUAUGAAAAUAUCUUUAAUCCUUAAUGAAGAUAGGUUUAGCGUUAGCUUGCACCUGGAUAGCUGCGCUGAAUGUUAUCAUUUAUGCAAUCUUGGUUUGAGAACGUGACUGUACUAUAGAUAUAUUCACCACUGAAUCCGUUUUGUGUUCUUCAAACAGCUAAGUGUGGCAAGCUGUUAGACUUGCACCGAAGUGCUAUUCAUCUGUCGAACUCAACGAUCAAGGGUUCAUCUUACAAUGAAUCCUGGGGCAUUCCUCUGGUAGGAGGGGGCUUUUCGUGGUGUCCAAGUACCUCGGAUCAAAACCGAACACUCGAGAUUAACUUCGGUAAGAGACUAGACUUAAUUUGAGUCCGUUCAGCUUCUCUCUGAAACGCCCGCAAUUUCAAAGGAAAGUCCCUGGAGCUUUCGUCACCUAUUCGUACACUAUUGAAAAGGAGAUGGAAGAUGCAGAAUCGAAGAUGUCAGUUAUUUUGCCGCCUACUUUUGUUGAUGUGGGACUUCACGAUCGCUCGGCAGAUUCGGGGAUUUGGCGGCAGUGCUAUACUUUUCUUUCAGAGAUAAAAGCCAUCACAUCCUUCGUGUGGCUCUGAAGUUUUGAAUAAUGUUCUGAACUUUAUCCAUUUAGUCACAAAUUACAGACGAACCAUAAAUAUUAAUGUUUUAUCCCAUAUGCUUAUGAGGAAAUAUGUAAGUUUACGAGCAAAGCAUUUGUAGCUGACCGCUUUUAAAUUGCCUUGCUUGUAACCCGCAGGAAGAAAAACCUUUCUAACUGAAGUAACUGUGCAAGGCAAAAACGGCUCCAGAGAUUUUGCCGACAACAUCUGCUUUGGUUCUACUGUAGAUGGUGUUUCCGGUGUUCAGAAGAUAUUAAAAACCACAGUGGGCUGUGUGGUAAGAGGAUGUAAAUAAUUGAUUAGGCAAAUAAAUAAAUAACGAUUUAGAGGUGGCACAUCCACUGAGUGGUUCUUCGUCUACCUGAUUCCUGGUCGAAUUGGAAGUUGGAAAAAAUGGAUUUUGAGGAAAGGGAAAACCGGAGCACCCGGAGAGGAACCUCUAGGAGCAAGAGAGAGAACCAGCAGCACAGUCAACCUAUAUAUGGUCUCCAUGCCGGAAAUUUGAACCUGGGACACAUUCAUUGGUGGGAGGCGAAUGCUCUCACCACCGCGCCAACCUUUGUUCUCCCAGUUUAGGCUGGGCCACUCUGUUAAGCUGGUCUCAAUUGGUAGAAGAGAAGAAACUUCCAUUGACUCGCAAUAGAGUGACAAUCCAACCCAAUAAAAUUCAACGAUACAAUAUAGACUAAGAACUGGAAUUUGAAUGUCAACUAGCUUUCUGUAGAAUAGAUCCGAAAAACUGAUCUUGUCCAGUAUUUGAAUUUCUCAUCGUUCACCGUUUAUUUGACAGACUCGACUGUAAUUAACCAAGAAAAAAAUGUUUUUAAAUCCUGCAAUCCAUGUACGGAGUAACUAUUUUGAAAGGAAUCGAAAAUACUUUAUUCAUUUUCAGGCUGAUAUUCCAUGGACGUCUCCAGCUUAUGCUAAUAAUCUGACGAUAACAAUUCAACCGCCUGUUUCAACUCAGCAUUUGAAAAUUUCCCCACGUGGUCCUCUCAGUGGAAACGGUUCCUGCCUCAAGAUCGACAUACUUGACAGCAUGGCAUGUAAG